UUAUUGAUUUAUCACGGCACAUUUAAAGGGCGCUCGCGGCACACCGGUUGGGAACCACUGUAUUAGUACGUACUAAGGGAUCGUAGUCAUACACAGUUAUAAGAAUACACGUGUACACGUGAUCCAGAUACACGUCUCAAAAAUAUAUUAAGAUCCGUGUUUUUUAUACACGAUUAUUUUUUACCGAUAAACGUGUAUUAACACUCGUUGGUCUUUACCUACCUAUGUAUUUAUUAUAUGUAUUAUACAUUCACGGUUUAUUUGAAAAUAUAAUGGCUCAUCUCUAUAUUAUUUUAAUCUAAUAACAUUUACGAUACUAUAAUUUGUCUAUUUUUAGGAAUGAUUGCUCGGGAACUUUUUGAACAGACUUCGUUCACGGAUGAUGUCCGGUACAGGGGUAGUAUCGUGAAUGUAUUUCGGUACACAUCGGUCAGGCUGGAGUGCAAAUCGGUAACGCCUGUUGGGAACUUUACUGUUUGGAACAUGGCAUCCAACCGGAUGGACAGAUGCCUUCUGACAAAUCAGUGGGUUGCGGGGAUGACAGCUUCAAUACGUUCUUUAGCGAAACUGGCGCCGGUAAACACGUGCCUAGAGCCGUGUUCGUCGAUCUAGAACCUACUGUCGUGGACGAAGUGCGGACCGGCACGUACAGACAACUGUUUCACCCAGAACAAUUGGUCACGGGCAAAGAGGACGCAGCUAACAAUUACGCGCGUGGUCACUACACCAUCGGCAAAGAGAUCGUCGACCUGGUGCUAGACAGGAUCAGAAAGCUCGCGGACCAGUGCACCGGGCUCCAAGGAUUUUUGAUAUUCCACUCGUUCGGUGGCGGCACCGGUUCCGGUUUCGCUUCGCUGCUCAUGGAACGGUUGACCGCGGACUACGGGAAAAAAAGCAAACUGCAGUUCGCCGUUUACCCGGCGCCCCAGGUGUCCACGGCGGUGGUGGAGCCGUACAACUCGAUCCUGACCACGCACACGACUCUGGAGAACUCGGACUGCGCGUUCAUGGUGGACAACGAGGCGAUCUACGACAUAUGCCGUCGGAACCUGGACAUAGAGCGGCCCACGUACACGAACCUGAACCGGCUGAUGGCGCAGAUCGUGUCGUCCAUCACGGCAUCACUGCGGUUCGACGGCGCGCUGAACGUUGACCUGACCGAAUUCCAAACGAACCUGGUGCCGUUCCCGCGGAUCCACUUCCCGUUGGCCACGUACGCGCCGGUCAUAUCCGCGGAGAAGGCGUACCACGAGCAGCUGUCCGUGGCCGAGAUCACGAAUGCGUGCUUCGAACCGGCCAACCAAAUGGUCAAGUGCGACCCGCGGCAUGGCAAGUACAUGGCGUGCUGUAUGCUGUACCGCGGCGACGUGGUGCCCAAGGACGUGAACGCCGCGAUCGCCACCAUCAAGACGAAGCGCACCAUCGUCUUCGUCGACUGGUGCCCGACCGGGUUCAAGGUGGGCAUCAACUACCAGCCGCCCACCGUGGUGCCGGGUGGCGACCUGGCCAAGGUGCAGCGAGCCGUGUGCAUGCUGUCCAACACGACGGCCAUAGCCGAAGCGUGGGCUCGGCUCGACCACAAGUUCGACCUGAUGUACUCGAAACGCGCGUUCGUCCACUGGUACGUGGGCGAGGGAAUGGAAGAGGGCGAGUUCUCGGAGGCGCGCGAGGACCUGGCUGCCCUGGAGAAGGACUACGAGGAGGUGGGCGUGGAGAUCAACGUGGAGGAGGGCGAGGGCGAGGGCGACGCAUAACCGCCGCGCCGUUCUCAUGCAUUCGCGUACUGUUAAGACGAACUUACCAGUCCCGACGCAUCGUAUCGUGAUCAACGAGUACCGAAUGCAUGCAUCCGUUGCUGUAAUAUCUAUAUAUUUAUACAUACGUAAUACACGUUCAAUCACUCUUUA